AUGGCGGGCAAGUGCGUUCACAAAGCGUGUGGAAAGACCUUCACGGACCCGGAAGAAGACUGCGUGUAUCAUCCGGGUCCCCCAGUGUUCCACGAGGGGCAGAAAGCUUCUGCUACGUUUCUACCCCGCGACACCGCUAACUUCUCAGGCUGGAAAUGCUGCAAGCCCCGCGUCUUGACCUUUGAGGAAUUCCUCGCCAUCCCGCCAUGCACAACCGGCAAGCAUUCCACCGUCGAUGACACACCCGCGCCCGAGCCCAAGGCUGAGGAAGUCAUCGCUCCUCCUACACCUCCUGAGCAGAAGAAGUCCGAGCGGCUACCCAUCUCCGCUACUCCAACUAUCGCAACUGCGGCGCCUCCUGCGAAGCCAGUUAUCGAGGAGCCUGAGUCUGAUGAUCCUGAUGCGGAGAUUCCGGCAGACGCAACAUGCCGUCGGAGGGGUUGCGGCGCGUCCUAUACCGGGUCUACUGCUCGUGAUGAGGAAAAGUGCGUCCACCACCCGGGCCAGCCGGUCUUCCACGAGGGCAGCAAGGGGUGGUCCUGCUGCAAACGCCGGGUUCUCGAGUUCGAUGAGUUCCUGAAGAUCCCCGGCUGCACAGAGAAGACGAGACACAUGUUUGUUGGCAAGGCCAAGCCCGCAGGCGAAGAGAAGGUGGAAACAGUCAGAAAUGAUUUCUACCAGACCCCCACCGCCGUCAACGUCUCCCUUUACCUCAAGAAGAUUGACAAGCAACGAGCCAAGGUUGAGUUUGCCGCCAACUCGAUUAUCUUCGACCUUCCUACCACAGACAACAAGCGCUACCAGGAUACAUAUAGUCUCUUUGCGCCGAUUGACGCGGAGAAGUCAACUUUCCGUGUGCUGGGAACCAAACUAGAUUUGAGCUUGAUCAAGGCCGAUGGUACUAGCUGGCCAGUGUUGCGCAGUGAUGACAAGUGGACUGGACAGCGCAUCCAGAUUGGCAAUGCUGGACAUGCUUGA